AUGAAAUUGCACAGGUACACAUUGUGUUUUUUAGUGCUGGCUGUCCAUACACUCUGCAUGAAAGAUGACAUAAGCAGCGAUGCUGAAGUAUUCGGUCUUGAAAAGCCAACAUCAGCUCGUCUAGACAAUAGUAGAGGCCAUGAAGCUGAAAAAGACAAAGAAAAGAAAGAUGUAGAAAACAUAGACACUGCAAAAACGGAGAGUAAUUCACAAAAUAGUUUGAAAAAAACAAAGACAGAUCAAAAAGAGAAAACAAAUAAGCCAUGUAAAUCUAUCCAUAAUAAGGAGCUUGACAAGAGCGAUGAGUUUAAAUUUGAUAGCAAUGAAAAAGAAGAGAAAGACUCGAGUGACUCACUUGAGCUUGGAAAAAAGAAGAAGCACAAACAUACAAGGAAAGAAAAUAAGAAAGACAGUGGUAGCGAUAUAUUUGACCACGAUAGAGAGUUUUUAUCUAGCGAUAUCUCCAAUUCUGUGUUUAAAAAAGAUACAGACAAUGAGCUGAGCAACCACAUAGAAGCAUCUUCUACCCAUGGCAUCACUGUGCAUAGUAAAGAUCACCUACAUGGCUCUUCUCCUGAGAUAAGAACUAAAGAAGAAACUGAAGAAACUACUGUCGUGCAGAAGGUUGCUAAAAGCAUAAAGCAUGUUUUUUCAAGCGGACUGAACAUGGUUAAAGGAUUCUUUCAUGCUAAAACAGAAGAUGAAAAGAAGCAUGAGAAAGCCUUGCACAGUUCAGAACAAAACUGUCUAGAAAUAGGAAAAAACAAACAUCUACACUCUUCUCGUUCUGAACAGAAUGUCCUCCACAGGCCAAAAGAAAAACAGAAGGGUAUGAAAAGUGAAAGUAUAUUUGGAUAUGGGGACAUAGGAAACGACCCAAACACCACAAUGACAGGAACUGUGAGGUCUUCUCAAACAAGCCAAAACACCGAACAAACGUUAGUGAAUGGAAAACUAGUGACAAAAGGACACGCUAAUAGCUCUAUGGUAAGUGGAAGGCUGUCAAAGAAGAGAAACGAAAGCCCCAUAUACACAGAAGAAGUUACUACCUCCUCUAAAGUUCUAGGAUCUACUACACAAAAUCACAUGUUUACGAUAGACAGAAAACCAGUCCAGAUAAAAAAACAGAACAUAAUUGAUUUCUACCGCACUCCUGACCGUCCGUACACAAUUAGCGAGUCGAAUGAGUAUAUCACACUAAUCUCAACUACGUCUGAAGACGUCCUGCCAAGUAACUGCCAGUGUAAAGCCAUUACGCUAAAAGACAGCCACAUGCAGCUGAAAAUAAGAAAGAUAGACAGCGAAUCAGAGUACAUAAAAACAGUCCUGUCAAAGAAGAAUGCAGUGUUUAUGGUGCUUAUGAUAGAUGGCUCUUUUAUGAACAUCAAAGUGAAUUUAAAGGAUAUUCCCCUCUACGACUUGAGAAAAUAG